CACACUACACGUACGUACAUACGUUGACGAUUUUGCUUUGGAGAAACAAUUAACAGGUGCCCGGAGCUUUUCGAAGGUGUGCAAAUUCGAGCAGAAUAACAAACUUUGUAGCAUCGUCACCAUUCCAGAGUGUCACAGACGUGUGCAAUUUAGGUACAUUCCUAUCUCAUUUCCCCGAGAAUCUCAGAUAUUAGAAGAAAAAUGAGUGAUACGAAGUCUUGCGCCAUGCCCACUACUGUGGACACAGAUUUCAUGACACUGACGAGGUUUAUGAUCGAGGAACAGACCCGAUGCGAGGGAGCUACGGGGGAAAUGACCCAGCUACUCAACUCUAUCGCCACUGCCGUCAAAGCAAUCUCGUCUAACGUACGCAAAGCUGGUAUUUCUCGACUGUAUGGUAUUGCUGGUGGUUCUAAUGUUACCGGAGAUGAGCAGAAGAAGCUAGACAUCAUCUCUAAUGACCUUUUCAUUAGCCAGCUCAAGAACUCCUUCACAACCUGUGCCUUGGUCUCUGAGGAGAAUGAGAAGGUCAUUGAGGUCGAGACCAACAGGAGAGGAAAGUACAUUGUGACCUUUGACCCCUUGGAUGGGUCAUCGAACAUUGACUGCUUGGUAUCGAUCGGUACCAUAUUUGGAAUUUGGAAAAAGGAAGGGGAUCCCAAGGGGGAAGUAAGUUCAUCCGAUGUUCUUCAACCUGGUUCCAGCAUGGUCGCAGCUGGUUAUGCCCUCUAUGGUAGCGCUACAAUGAUUGUACUCAGCACUGGUUGCGGUGUCAAUGGAUUUCAACUUGAUCCUGCUAUAGGUGAGUUUGUUCUGACUGACCGUCUGAUUACCAUCAAGUCUCGAGGCAAGAUCUUCAGCAUCAACGAAGGAUACUCUCAGUACUGGGACAAGAGUAUUGCUAAAUAUGUGGAAUCAAAGAAGUAUCCAGGGGAAGGGAAAUCCCCAUAUGGUGCUCGGUACAUUGGUUCCAUGGUAGCUGACAUGCACAGGACGAUCGUCUACGGUGGCAUCUUCCUCUACCCUGCCCACAAGAAGAGCAAGACUGGAAAGCUGCGUCUCCUAUACGAGGGAGCCCCAAUGGCCUUUAUCUGUGAACAAGCUGGCGGGAAGGCUACUACAGGAAAGGAGAGGAUCUUAGACAUCAUACCGUCAGAUAUUCAUCAAAAGACCCCGGUCGUCAUGGGAUCCACGUUCGAUGUUGAUGACUACCUGGCCAUCGUGAAGGAGUGUGAGGCUGAAGAGAAAAAAUAGAUGUAGAGAAGGAGAGGGAGAAUGAGAGAAAGAUAGAAAUGGAUUACUGGUAAAUAGAGUACAAGUUAGAGAGGGUUUGAAAGAGAGAGAGAAAGAUACAUGUGAAUAGUAAAAAUAAGAAAAGAGAGAGAGAGAGAGAGAGAGAGAGUGAGUAACAUGUAUAGAUUUCAACUAAAA